UUACUUAAUCUUUUCUCUUAACAUCGCUCACUUUGUUCGACUAACUCGAUUACGCUUGUACACGAGCAGACAGCUGGGCUGCGAACCGUUCCUUGCAAACUGCUCCCCCUAAUAUCACCACUACGAUCGUUCCGGGGCUGCUUUCCGCUAGUCUCUGUCAUCAUCCUUUCGGCGUCCGCUCUUCUGAUACCACAAACUACACUUGGCCAUGUCGUCCAACGUCUCGGUUAUGCCAGACAUCCAACGAUACGACGACCACUACGAGGCAAACCGUGCUCCCUCACCAGUUCCAAAGAAAGUCGACUCAUGGGACGUCAAAUACGCCGGCGGCGGUUGCGAAGAUCUGACGGCCCGGGGACUAGACGAGUACCCUGCGUCUCUCGAGGAGUGUGACGAUUAUAGCUGCGGGUCGGCCCCAAUUACACACGAUGAUCCUCCUCUGUCUCCACCUUCCAGCAACACUGGAACACCAUCGCGUCCGGUCGCACAGCAAAUGGGCCAGAUGACUCUUACUCCGGAUGAUACUCCCGAGAGCCAAAGGGUCCGCCCAUGGCAGCCGUUUACACCAGAGGCAAUCCGGAACCGACAAAUGUUUUACCCAAAUUGUGGACGCAGCGAGAGGCACUCUCUGAGUUCCAAAAGUGACACAAGCGGCCGAUCGUAUUAUCCUGCUCGCGAGCAGCUGUCUCCUUCUCCCCAACCUGGCUUCCAUCGCCAAUACCGCAGCGACGCGUCUGAAAUCUCCGACCACACUGGCGCCGGCGCCAACAACCACCACAGCGACAGUGGUGAUGUCUACUACACGCCCAGUCAGUCUCCUAGUCAUAGCCCUUAUCAGGCCUCGGUCCAGAGCCGAAACCUCACGCAUGACGAGGGAAAAGACAAGCCUGGCUUCCACCUUUCGGCGCCUCGCAUUCCGCAGAAGCCAUUUCCAUUCAGCGUAUAUGACCCCUACGACCAGCAGUACGUUCCGAAGGCCAUCAACAAGUACGAUCAGGAGUGGACGACGCGAGAGUAGUAAUACCGGCCGCUUCGAGUCUAAUGACUGACGUUCAUUCACGACCGACGGCUUAUGCGACACUGUAUCAUGGCCCCAUAGACGCCUUCCUGCGAAAAUCUGGCUGAUCGCUCGUCUCCGUGCCUUGGCCUAAUGAUUUGCGCAACCUUAGUACUCUCUUUGUCUGAUUGUUUCUUGUAUUGCGCCUCUCAUUCUUGAUCUUGUAUCACCACCUUC